GGUCUCGCGAGUACUGCUCCUGGAGUCCUGACUGAAGCUGGGGAGCGCGGGUCUCUGUGGCGCGAACUGACUGGGCGUUUCCAUUAUCKGCCUUUCACUACAGGAGCCAUAUAUUGAAGAUAAUGUCUGGAAGCUUCUACUUUGUAAUUGUUGGCCACCAUGAUAAUCCAGUUUUUGAAAUGGAAUUUUUGCCAGCUGGGAAAGCAGAAUCCAAAGAUGAYCAUCGUCAUCUGAACCAAUUCAUAGCUCACGCUGCUCUUGACCUUGUGGAUGAAAACAUGUGGCUUUCAAAUAAUAUGUAUUUGAAAACUGUGGACAAAUUCAAUGAGUGGUUUGUGUCAGCAUUUGUCACUGCAGGGCAUAUGAGAWUUAUUAUGCUUCAUGAUAUAAGGCAAGAAGAUGGAAUCAAGAACUUCUUUACUGAUGUCUAUGAUUUAUAUAUAAAGUUUGCAAUGAAUCCAUUUUAUGAACCCAAUUCUCCUAUUCGAUCAAGCGCAUUUGACAGAAAAGUUCAGUUU